AGUGAGGAUGCAACGGGAGUCUAGGAGGAGUUGCACCAAGGUCAAUGCAGCAUCCACUCUAAAACAUAACACCGCGGAUUUGAUUCACUUUCGGACAAGUGUGCUGAAAGCGAGAGUACCGUGAAGCGUUUUGAAGAUUCGUUUGCCAGGGCUGAAAGUUGAUGCCUUUUUCCUCUGUAGUGUAUAUAACGUUAGUGAGGCAACUAGCAAGCCAUCCUUCUCCAUUCGUAGCUCUCCGCAUGUCUGGACUACCUUUUCUCAAUUCGGAUGCACUGCGUUUCUGUUGGAGCGAAUAUCCAGACGGUCUUCCUCCACUUGGGUGUUAUCAGGAGUGUUCGCUAACUUUAUGUCGGAAAUAAUUUGGUUUUAGCAGCAGUGUAGCUUUGCUAUUGUACACGAGUUGUGCUGGACAUUUAGCUAGCUAGGUUUGUCUCUGCAAGCUCGUCCAUUCAUCAGUAAUAUUUGCAAUGUCAGCGCCAUUCUCCACGCCUCCCGUUCAGGAAGAGAAACAGGCGCCAGAAAAUGAGGGACUGACCGUGGAUACCGGUUUGGAGCCCGCCGGCCCGACACCCAGCUCGAGUCGGUUCCAGGUGGACCUAGUGGCUGAAGCAGCCAGCGCCGCUGAUAAAACGCCCAGCACGGAUUCCACGCUUGCAUCUGGCGACAAAGCCAGCGCCGCUGAUAAAACGCCCAGCACUGAUUCCACGCUUGCAUCUGGCGACAAAGCCACCCCCGAAGGUUCGGAGCCAGCGGCGGGUGGUGAGGCAAAAGGCCGGUUCCGAGUGGUGAACUUUAUGGAUCCCAGUGGAGCGAGCCCACCAGAAGUAGUGCCCGCUGAAGGCUUCCAGAAUGGAGACACCGUAAUGAGCGAGGGCAGCCUGCAUUCUUCGACAGGAGGCCAGCAUCACUACCACUACGACACCCAUACAAACACCUACUACCUGAGGACUUUUGGCCACAACACCAUCGAUGCUGUGCCUAACAUAGAUUUCUACCGGCAAAGUGCUGCUCCGCUGGGGGACAAGCUGAUAAGACCCACCCUUUCGGAGCUGCACGACGAACUUGACAAGGAGCCAUUUGAGGAUGGCUUCGCCAACGGGGAUGAGCUGUCACCGGCCGAGGAGGCCGCAGCCAAGGAGGCGGCCGAGCCUAAGGGAGCGGUCAAGUUCGGGUGGAUCAAAGGGGUACUGGUGCGCUGCAUGUUGAACAUUUGGGGCGUGAUGCUCUUCAUCCGCAUGUCAUGGAUCGUGGGCCAGGCGGGAAUUGUUCUCUCCUGUGUGAUCGUUCUCAUGGCAACAGUUGUGACCACCAUCACUGGCCUUUCGACCUCAGCGAUUGCGACUAACGGCUUUGUACGAGGAGGAGGGGCAUAUUAUCUGAUAUCCAGAAGUUUGGGGCCAGAGUUUGGCGGCUCCAUUGGUCUGAUCUUUGCCUUUGCCAACGCUGUGGCUGUCGCCAUGUAUGUGGUGGGCUUCGCCGAGACGGUUGUGGAGCUCCUCGGAAGCAUGGAUUGCAUUAUGACAGAUGAGAUCAAUGACAUCCGAAUCAUCGGCACCAUCACCAUCAUCCUUCUCCUGGGUAUCUCCAUGGCAGGAAUGGAAUGGGAAGCUAAGGCUCAGAUAUUCCUGCUGGUCGUUCUGAUUACGGCCAUCUUCAACUACUUCAUUGGCUCCUUCAUCCCACUCAAGUCCAAGGAGUCGCAGGGCUUCUUUGGCUACGACAGUGCGAUUAUGAUGGAGAACAUGGGUCCGGAUUUCCGAGGCACAGAGUCGUUUUUCUCCGUCUUUGCCAUCUUCUUCCCUGCAGCCACUGGCAUUCUGGCCGGCGCCAACAUCUCAGGAGAUCUUUCUGACCCACAACUGGCCAUUCCAAGAGGAACACUCUUAGCCAUUCUGAUCACUGGCAUUGUCUACCUGGGGGUUGCCAUUUCUACUGGCUCUUGCAUUGUGAGAGACGCCACAGGAAACGGCAAUGACACGCUCGGCGCACAGUUCAUGGCCAACUGCACUGACGCCGCCUGCAAAUUUGGCUAUGACUUCUCCUACUGCAAGGGUGAUGACGGUCAGUACAACUGCAGAUACGGACUCCAGAACGACUUCCAGGUCAUGAGCAUCGUGUCCGGGUUCAGCCCCAUCAUCACCGCCGGAAUCUUCUCCGCCACUCUCUCCUCUGCCCUGGCCUCUCUGGUCAGCGCCCCCAAAGUGUUCCAGGCUCUAUGCAAAGACAACAUCUACCCCGGCCUUGAGAUGUUCGCCAAGGGAUAUGGCAAGAACAACGAGCCCCUUCGCGGCUACAUCCUCACCUUCUGCAUCGCUCUGGCCUUCAUCCUCAUUGCCCAGUUGAAUGUUAUUGCUCCCAUCAUCUCCAACUUCUUCCUGGCCUCCUAUGCUCUCAUCAACUUCUCUGUGUUCCACGCCUCUCUGGCCAACUCUCCAGGGUGGCGCCCCAGCUUCAAGUUCUACAACAUGUGGGUGUCCCUGGCUGGAGCUGUGCUGUGCUGCGUGGUCAUGUUCGUCAUCAAUUGGUGGGCAGCCCUGAUGACCAACGUUAUUGUCAUGGGCCUCUACAUCUACGUGAGCUACAAGAAGCCCGAUGUGAACUGGGGCUCCUCAACCCAGGCUCUGACAUACCAUCAGGCCCUGACCCACAGUCUGCACCUCAGCAGUGUUGAGGACCACAUCAAGAACUUCAGACCCCAGUGCUUGGUGAUGACGGGAUACCCCAACUCCCGUCCGGCUCUGCUCCACCUGGUCCACGCCUUCACCAAGAACGUGGGCCUGAUGAUCUGCGGCCAUGUGCGCACGGGCUCCAGAAGACCCAACUUCAAAGAGCUGUCCAACGACCAGACGCGCUACCAGCGCUGGCUGCUGAAAAACGAGACCAAGGCUUUCUACACCCCUGUGUUUGCCGACGACAUGAGACAGGGCACCCAGUAUCUGUUACAGGCUGCCGGACUGGGUCGCCUGAGGCCCAACACUCUGGUGAUUGGCUACAAGAGUAACUGGAGGGAUGGAGACAUGAUGAACGUGGAGACCUACAUCCACAUGAUUCACGAUGCCUUUGACUUCCAGUACGGUUCCGUGGUCUUCAGACUGAAGGAGGGACUAGACGUAUCCCACAUCUCAGAACAAGAUGACCUGCUGUCGUCACAGGAGAAGACAUCAGGAAUGAAGGAUGUGGUGGUGUCCAUCGACAUGAAGGACUCUGACGGAGACUCGUCCAAGCCUUUGUCCAAGGCCACCAGUGUCCAGAACAGCCCAGCCAUGCAGAAAGAUGACGAUGACGAAUGCAAAGCCGCAACGAAGCCCCUAUUGAAAAAAGACAAGAGCCCCCAGAGGUUGAACGUGGCCGACCAGAGGCUGCUGGACGCCAGUCAGCUGUUCAAGAGGAAACAGGGCAAGGGCACCGUGGACGUGUGGUGGCUCUUUGACGAUGGUGGUCUUACCCUGCUCAUCCCCUACCUGCUCACCAACAAGAAGAAGUGGAAGGACUGCAAGAUCCGCGUCUUCAUAGGAGGCAAGAUCAACAGGAUCGACCACGACCGCAGAGCGAUGGCCACCCUGCUCAGCAAGUUCAGGAUAGACUUCUCCGACAUCAACGUACUAGGAGACAUCAACACCAAGCCCAACAAAGAGAAUGUUACUGCUUUUGAAGAGAUGAUCGAGCCGUACCGGCUGAAGGAGGAUGACAUGGAGCAGGAUACGGCGGAGGCACAGAAGGCCAGCGAGCCCUGGAGGAUAACCGACAACGAGCUGGAGCUCUACAGGGCCAAGACUAAUCGUCAGAUCAGACUGAACGAACUGCUGAAGGAGCACUCAAGCACAGCUAACCUCAUUGUCAUGAGCAUGCCCUUGGCCAGAAAGGGAGCCGUGUCCAGUGCUCUCUACAUGUCCUGGCUGGAGACUCUGUCCAAGGAUCUGCCUCCCCUCCUCCUAGUGCGCGGAAACCACCAGAGCGUCCUCACCUUCUACUCAUAAACACACACAUGCUGCCUUUGGGACCUCCCAUCCCUAUCCCAGCCCUAACUAAGACACGCACACAUAUUCUUCAAUGAAGGUAGAAAUAGUAGCAAUUGAUGAUAAUAUUAAUAAUGAUAAAGCAUAUGGUGUUGCUGUGGACAUCCAGCCUCUUACACUACAUGAUCAAAAGUAUGUGGACACCUGCUCGUCAAACAUCUCAUUCCAAAAUCAUGGACAUUAAAAUACAGUUGGUGCCCCCCUUUGCUGCUAUAACAGCCUCCACUCUUCUGGGAAGACUUUAUACUAGAUGUUGGAACAUUGCUGCUAUAACAGCCUCCACUCUUCUGGGAAGGCUUUCCACUAGAUGUUGGAACAUUGCUGCUAUAACAGCCUCCACUCUUCUGGGAAGGCUUUCCACUAGAUGUUGGAACAUUGCUGCUAUAACAGCCUCCACUCUUCUGGGAAGGCUUUCCACUAGAUGUUGGAACAUUGCUGCUAUAACAGCCUCCACUCUUCUGGGAAGACUUUACACUAGAUGCUGGAACAUUCCUGCGGGGACUUGCUUCCAUUCAGCCACGAGCAUUAGUGAGGUCGAGCACUGAUGUUGGGCGAUUAGGCCUGGCUCGCAGUCGGCAUUCCAAUUAAUCCCAAAUGUGUUCGAUGAGGUUGAGGUCAGAGCUCUUUGCAAGCCAGUCAAGUUCUUCCACUACGAUCUCAACAAACCAUUUCUGUAUGGACCUCGCUUUGUGUACAGGGGCAUUGUCAUGCUGAAACAGGAAAGGGCCUUCCCGAAACUGUUACCACAAAGUUGGAAGCACAGAAUGUCAUUUUAUGCUAUAGCAAUAAGAUGUCCCUUCACUGGAACUAAGGGGCCUAGCCCAAACCAUGAAUCAGCCCCAGAGCAUUAUUCCUCCUCCACCAAACUAACAGUUGGCAGGUAGCGUUCUCCUGGUAUCAGCCAAACCCAGAUUCGUCCGUCGGACUGCCAGAUGGUGAUUCAUCACUCCAGUUUUCACUGCUCUAGAGUCUGCUCGGCCAUGGAAACCAAUUUCAUAAAGCUCCGGACGAACAGUUAUUUUGCUGACGUUGCUUCCAGAGGCAGUUUGGUACUCGAUACUGAGUGUUGCAACUGAGGACAUUUUGAGGACACGAUUUUGAGGACUGAGGACACGAUUUUUACGCACUUCAUCACUGUGGCCUACCACUUCGCGGCUGAGCCGUUGUUGCUCCUAGACGUUUCCACUUCACAAUAACAGCACUUACAGUUGAUGGGCAGAUCUAGCAGGGCAGACAUUUUACGAACUGAAUUGUUGGAAAGAUGGCAUCCUAUGACGGUCCCAUGUUGAAAGUCACUGAGCUCUUCAGUAAAGCCAUUCUAUUGCCAAUGUUUGUCUAUGGAGAUUGCUUGGCUGUGCUCAAUUUUAUACACCUGUCAGCAAUGGGUGUGGCUGAAAUAGCCGAAUCCACUAAUUUUAAGGGGGCGUCCACAUACUUUUGAAUAUAAUGUAUGUGAAAGGGCAGUCAGUCAGUGAAGUCCCCACUACUCUUUUGAAAGUGGAGACUGAACGUGGGAGUUAUUUCCUGCACCCCUGGCGAACACAUUCAACCUAACGUGAAAAGAAGUGCACAAUUUAAUUUACAAAGUUGAUUUCCACUCUGGCUUGAAAGGGCCUGUUCAUGCUUCGCACUAUUUUGUUAUUACAAUUAAUAUUGUUAUUAUUAUUCCGAUUCUUCUUGAUGUCAUGUUAAGUUAUAGAUCAUUUUAUAUUUUUUUCAAUGCAGCAAUAAUCGCCCUCUUAUAUUUCCUUUUCUUGUGUUGGGAGAGAGGCAUGUCAAAUGCUUUGCAACACUUUUUAUUGCCUUAUGUAUGUGCCUUCCAGUUGAAAUCAAUAAUUAAACUAUUAAUCGCUCUACCCAGAUUGAACGGUAUGAAAAAUGUAUAAUAUGUUUUUAUUAGGUUUUAAAUGUAAUCUUUGUUUUUAGUGAAGAUUUUUAUGGUAGUGGAUUGAUUGUAGGAGGUUAGCAGAGUCUCCACUUAAUGGCAUCAAAAGCUUUCUCUGGUCUUUAUUUUCCCUAAAUUGUUUCCUGGUUUUUUUAAUGGCCUCUGACUUUAUUGUCUAUCAGUUUGUUUGUCUUCCUUUAAGCUGUGUAAAUGAAACAGUUUAUAGUGCAGUACCCUCUACUUAAUACUAGAGGCAAUCUGCUUCAAUUCUGAAAGUUGAUUGGAUGAUGUCGAUGAAUUGUCUCUUAACAGAAAGCAUCCACGGGUCUAGAAUUUGAAGUUCUAGGGUUCUUAUUUCCACACUGUGUCAGAAAUGACUGCAGUUGGCUAGAAUUGGGCUUAGCUUCUGAUUAGCUUUGCCAUGCUAAAGAGCCAGUUGUCUCACAACAGCUGCUAACACAAACAAGUGUUUCAACCAAAAACAAGUCUCCUUUGGACUCAAGUAGGUCCCCAUAUUAAAGUCUGUCACCAUAUUGGAAUCUAUCGGCUGAAUCCUAACUUCAGAUGCUCCAAUUUUACUCAAACUGUUUUGCGGAAUUCGUGUAUCGAUGUCCAUAGGAGACUUGAAAGUGAGUUACUUAUGCAUAUCUCAAAUUAGGACACGGCCCCUCGGGUUCCCCACAUUGGAGUGACUCUAUGAAGGAACUGGUCUAGCCCUUACAACCGCAAAUUAGACUUUGCCUUAAUGCUAGAAGUAAUGAUUGUUGUCCUUGUCUUUCUCUUAUAAGCCGUACUGGCUGUAUGAUUGAACUGGUGGGUCAAUGCAGAUGUAGCUAUAGAGGAGUAUUGCAAAAAGAAGAAUGUACUGUCAUUCUACUUUAUCCAGUAUUUUAAAAACAAUUCUGUAUAUGUAUGUACCAUUUUAUUAUUGUUUCCAUUUCAAGAAAGCCCCCCUUAGUCUGUUACAUGGAACAGUCUGGAAUUUGUGCUUUAGGUUCAACCAUUGAUAGAAAAGUGCCGUUUCGUGUCAGUCUUUUCUCCAGUAGUGGUGGCAUUAGCUCAUUCUGCCUCAGUGGUACCUAGACAUACUCUGGUGUAGACUGUUUUUACGUAUUCCACUAAACAGUGGACCGGAGUCCUUCAUGUCUGACUGUUUGUCUGCUUGCCCUGAUGUACAUUGGACUAGUAGCCUCAAUUCUCCUCUGUUAGUUUCUGUUCAAUGCAGAAACGACUCCCACUCUGUCUGGUCUGUGUAGAUGAGUAGGCACUUUGCUGAGUAUUUUUCCGUGGCUGUUCUUUUUGUGUUCAAAAGAAGGGAAAUUGUUGAUAGAAGAUAUGGAUUAGCAUGUUUCAAGAGGGCACUGAUACAUACCUCUAAGCAGGUGAGCUACUGUAAAAGGUAUUGGGAUAAAAUUCAUGGUUUAUUUGAAGGGUCCCUCAGUUCAUUUUUGGACCAUUUAGGCUGGCCCAUAUACCUACUGUCAGCACACUUUUCCAUUGUUCCGGGAGAAUUAAAGUUGUGGUGCGUACCAUGUGGGGCCUUUCUCGCAGGGGUGAAAUGUCCCGAAGCAAAGGGGCAUGUUAACUGUUUCUUUAACUUGUGAAUGAGGGUUUUAUAAUAACUGCCGAAAGCUACUGGAUCAAAACAGGGUUAUUUGCAUUUAUAAUGUACAGUAUUGCCCACGCCUUACCCAACACGCUGUCUAUAGGUCAUAGCAUUUAAGGCCAACCACGUCAUUGCCCCUCUCUUCCCUAGUUCUUAUCCUUUAUGCAAUUUAAAAAUAAAAAAAAAUGAAUGACUUUUUAGGCAGGAGGUUUGGGUCAGUUGAAUGUAAAUCUGAUAAACACUAAACGGAGAGUUACUUUUAUUUUUUACUUCUACAGUGCCGAGUUCAAUGUUUUUGCUAAAAGCUACAUCCUUUUAGAUUUCAGUCCCACAUGGAAAUCCAAGUGCAGUGUGCUUUGUAUUUCAGGCUCAAUCAACUAUUCCCACCCACACGACUGCAUCUCACCGUUCCGUGUCCUUUAUCUAGAGAAUGACUACGCCAUGUGAUUGUGAACGAAUAUAUACACAUAUAGUGUAAAUAUACUCAUGUAUAAAAUUAUAUUUCUUUGAAAUAUGUACAAAGCAUGUAAAACCUUUCAUUUUAAAUGGGUGGAGGAUUGUAAAGCUUUUUAGAACCCAGAUGGUACAAUCUUACUUACCAAAUCUGUUCUGUGUAUCGGUGAGUAAACCACUCAACCCUCAGUUACUAUACAAAGCAACAAUGUUACAAACAAAACACGGGUUACUCUACAUUUAUAUCUAAAUAACACAAUGUGUGUCAAUACAACCGGGUUUUUGUCAUGAGUGUGUUAUUUUUUUCCAUCUAUGUAUAGGUGUGAGGAGAGGAAUACUACAACGUUCUCAAAACGUCAUUAUUUAGCCGAAACCUGACACUACUGUGCUCUGUCCAAGAGACCAAAACAUGUUGCCUAUAACUUGUGGCCAUGUUGAGACGUCCUCCUCUGUAUUUGUAUUGAUAUGCUGUACUGUUAACUGUCACAGAUAUGCUUUUUUCAAACAUUUUAACAUACUUUGUACAUGUUUAUUGCAUUAAAUCAAAUGAAAUCAAUCAUCA